GGCACCGGGCGCUCUUUCAUAUCUGUUCUCACUUUGUUUCGCUCACAGGCUGUGAGGGUUUGGUGUUCUGUGCACUUUUACUUGUUGAUUAUGGCUAAAAGAUGAAGACCGGUUAAAGCUUUUGCCUGUUCGCACUGUUCUUGUCGUGAAAAUCAGCGUGGUGAGUCCUGAAAAGAGAAAAGACUUCCACAGUGUCUCUUUCUCUCUCGCACGCGCGCGCUCUCUCUCUCCCCCUCUUUCUUCUUUGAGGAGUUGACCUCAGUCCCUGGAUGUUGCUUGUUUAACUAGCUUACUGGUUUCUGGAAGCUGAACAGUCUGAAAAGAUGGACACCCCGGACCUUCGUAGGUUGUUUUCGGCUUGUGAUGGAAAUAAGUCGGGGAGAAUCGAGUAUGAGGAUUUUAUCAGUGUUUGCCGAGAGCUUAACGUUCAGGCCGGCGACGUACGAGCUCUCUUCAACAAAUUCGACGUGGACGGAGAUGGAUGUAUUAAUUACAACGACUUCUGUUUGAGCUUCAAUCAAGUGUCUGAAACUCUGAACCUGGCCUCGCUGGGGAGCAGCGGGCAGAGUCAGACGAGCGCCUGGGACGAGUUUGAAAACACUCUGGACGGAGAUGUGGCCUUCUACUUGGGAAGGCUAGGGGAUCCUCUGAGCGAGCUGUAUCAGCAGAUCCACUCUACAUCAGACAUACUUUUACUGCAACAGUAUGAGGAUCUGAUCAAAGCUCUCGUGUUGGAGAUCAGAGAGCAUCGGAUGGAGAGCGACCAGUUGGAGACCAGUCUGAGACGGACGGAGGAGAUGGCAAGCACUCAGAUAGCUGAGUUUGAGGAGGAUUUGCAGCAACAGCUCAACCGCUUGGAGAAGAGAGUCCGUGAGGAGGAGCAGAAGAAAACUGAGGCAGCCAUUGCCAUGCUCCAGAUCAAACAUCAGAAUGAACUUGCCGACUUGCACGCAGCAGUGGAGAGGCUUACACAGUAUCAAGAGGAAGCAGAGCUGAACAGCCCCAAAGAAGAUGUCAUCAAAUUAAGAAAACAAAUGCGGGAGAUGACGCAGGAAAAUGAAGAGCUGAGAAGUUCUCUUCUGAAGGCUCAAAUGAGCAUUUCUGUUCUGCAGGUAGAGUUGGACAAGCUGAAGAAUGCAUAUGCUGAUGAGAAACUUCAGCAUGAAAGAGAAAGCAGUGACCUUAAAACAAUGGUAGUUGAAUACCAGUCCUACGCUGGCCAUAUUGAACUCCUCCAGGAAAUGAAUAAAAAGUUGUACGACAGUAAUGAUGGGUUACGUUCUGCUCUGGCCAAGGACAGUGCUUCUUCCAAGAGGCAGCUUUCCCCCAGAAAUGAAAAACCUCCUAGAAAACUGAAACCACUUCGGCAGAGUACGAUAAAUCAGAAUAGCUUUGCUAAUGAGGAAGAUGACAUGGCUGUAGAUACCACCAAAGACAAGUUCUCGCUUGUAGCCCGCUGGGCGGAUAAGUAUCUGGACAGCGGCGUUUCCUUACAGACGGACACAGACCGCAUGUCGGGCAGCAAUUAUGAUAGCGAUGAGAGUCAGGACUCUGUCGAGACUGCGGAGCAUCAAAGCUUCUCCUACGUUCACUCUGAAAUGGGGAUGUCGGAUUUGAAGUCUGAGAUGAACGUGUCGGUAGCUCCCAGCAGAGUCAGCUCGUUAGCCUCCUCUCUGAGACGACGACUCUCAGCUUUUCCUGUAAAGCAAACUGAAGCAGACUUGUUUGAUUCUGAUGGGUCUGCUCCAAUGUACCGCUUGGUGCUGGCGGGGGAUGCAGGGUCAGGCAAAUCUAGCUUUUUACUGCGUCUGAGUCUGAAUGAGUUCAGAGGAGACAUGCAAACUACUCUCGGGGUUGAUUUUCAAAUGAAGAAGAUGCUUGUAGACGGAGAAAAGACGAACCUUCAGAUAUGGGAUACUGCUGGGCAAGAGAGGUUUCGCAGUAUUGCCAGAUCUUACUUCCGCAAAGCCCAUGGGGUGCUACUUCUUUACGACGUCACUUCAGAGAGCAGCUUUUUAAAUGUCCGAGAGUGGAUGGAGCAGAUUCAGGAGUCCACGGAUGGGAGUAUCCCCCUGUGUGUGAUUGGGAAUAAAGUGGACAUGAGAGCAGAGAGGCCUGAGGGAAGUUGUGUGAGUUCUGCCCAGGGGGAGAAACUUGCUAUGACUUACAACGCUUUGUUCUGUGAGACAAGUGCCAAAGAAGGUACCAAUAUAGUGGAGGCAGUUCUGCAUUUAGCGAGAGAGGUUAAGAAAAAUGCCAAACUGAGACGGAAGUCAGAGUCCCAGGUUAAGCUGAGUCUAAAUGGAGGAAAGAAGGCACUGAGUAACUGCUGUGGAGUCUGACCAUGACUGCUCAUCACACAGCCGUGCACAUAAAGGAACGUUUACUGAAUUAACGUCUUGAUUUAAAGGCUGUUUUUUAUAUAUGUUGUAAUCGUUUAAGAUGCAAAGCUAUAUUUUAAGCGCGAUUUGAUGAUCACCCCUUAAGUGGUGCUUUAUGUGAUUUUUGUUUUAAAGUUUUAAACAGAUGCAGAGCACUUUGAUGGUGUAGUUCACGAGGGCUUUUGUCACCGAUCAUAUAUGUUUAACAAGAUCAAAUUCCAUUUUCACUUUAGGAUGGG